AUGGAAGAUGCGGCGCGGCGACUGGCAGCCGCGGUGGAGGCUCUACGAGUCAGUGGAGGCCCCGCGACAGAGAUUCAAAUGCAGAGGAAGAAUCUGGUACAAGCACUUAUUACUUUGCAGCGUCUGUGGAAGCCAGAGUUGCUGAUGAACCCUGCAUCUGCCAUAAAACUGACCAGCACGAGCAACGCGACGCUUUUCAAGAUUCUACUGGCCACGCUGACCGUGUACAGCGGAAGUCACACAAGUGGAUCUAGUACGGGGACUGUAGGUAGUGGACCAGGCGGCAUGGGCGUCUCGCUGUCCUCUUUUGGCGCCACCACGUCCGAAUGCGUGCAUCGUCUCGUGUGUGACUUGCUGGUGCGAUCCUUUGACUUCUCAGUGUCCACGAUCAUUAAUGAAAAGCUCUCGGGGAAAACUGCAUCGCUUUAUGUGAAAGUGUCGCUGAUUAUGGUGGUCUGUCGACUGCCACGGCAAGAGGCGCUGCAGUUUCUGCCGGAUGCGGUCGUGCUCGCAAACAAGCUCAUCCGAGCUGCAGAUUAUUAUAUGAAGCAGUGUCUUAUUGAAAGCGUGGCACACGCAUUGGAAGGAGAUUCGGUCAGAUUGAUGCCGCUUCAUGCUGAGGCGAUGAAGAUCGUAAACAAGACGUUCCAGGAUAAAGCGCCGGAAAUUAGGAUUGCAGCUGCGAGAUUGCUACAAGUGGUAGCGGAACGGACAUCAGCGUUGACGACGUCAUCAUUCAGUGCCGGAGCUGGAGCAGCUGGAGGAGGUUCAGGAAGUGGAAAUAGCAAUGGAAGCGGAUUUGGCGGAGCUAUCAGUGGUAAUGGGUCUGCUGCUGGAACCAGUAGUGCCAGUACACAAGGUGUGUUCCUUGAUGCGAUCUUUCAUAUCGCAGCCAAGGCUAUGGACGAUGAUGCACCUGAAGCAAGAAGAGCGUAUUCGGUGGUGGUUGGUGUUGUUCUUGCCAAGUACGCGACGUCUUCGUCACGAGAAACGGAAGUGCAGCCGGGUGGGAGUGAAAUGAGUGGAGCGAACGCAGCUUCUUUGCGAAACAACGACGAGGAUGCUGGUGGAAGAAGCUCAGCUGAACAGGGUGCCCCCCCUCCAGUCGGUGGAAGUGGGGCUGCAAAAUGCAAGACAGGGUUUAAGCUGCACGUUCCUGGGCUUAACUUGCCGUCAUCACUGUCUCGCCGGAAAGCAGCUACGGUCAAUUUCUCGACUAUUGCAAACGUACUUCUUUACUUCAAGGACAUUGUAACCAGCAAACAUUUAUCAAGUAAGCCAAACCAGAGUCAUGGAGGUAUUCUGGCCUCGUUCUCUAUUGCUCUGUGUGGCAUGUUCGAGCGUCUCCCACCUGACUCGAUCGCUGAGACACAGCUUCGCGAGGUCAUGGACGCCACGUUAUCCAUCCUCGAUCAUCCCUUUGGUCUUGGAGACAUGACGCGAGCACGUAACGCUGUGGGCUUUGUGCUGCGUAAUGGACUUAAUGGAUGUCUAACAGAGCGUCAGCAAGAGGCCCUGCUAGGCGCCUAUAUACAAAGACUUCAAGAUGAAGCUCAAGCCUCAAAGCCAAACCAUCACAAGAUACUGUCGGCCUUAGUUGAGAUGAGCCAUUUGUUCCAUUCAAUGGGCGAGGCUUCUAUAGCGCAUGCGCACGACGCCAGCGACGUACUCCAAGGUCUUACUUGCCACGAAAAGCAAAGUGUUCGUUUUCAAGCUGCUGUCGCGCUUGCAUCACUCGUCACUGCAAUUCCGUACCGACUUAAAAGCGUGCUGACGAGUUGUCUGAACGGACUUCGGGACACUGCCGAAUACCUGAUGCGUGGAGGUUCAGAUGUCGAAGAGACGAGAAAGUCUGGAUCAGCUAUAAAGGCAGAUGAUGAUCAAAGUGAAGAAAGCGAAAUGCAAAGCAAGUCUUACCUGUAUGCGAUUCAAGGUAGAUCUGUAGCUAUUGCUCACAUCCUUCGCGCCUUUACGCUUGCUGCCAAAGGAGGGAUAUCUCAAACGAUCACGAACGAAAUCUAUGCCAUUUCCGAGGAGCUUGUCGAGAGUCAGUUUCUUAAUGAAUGCGCGGAUAGUAUUUGGCUCACGUGCACGCGCGCUGGCUGGACGCUGGUGGGAAGCCUCGUCACCAUGAAUGGUGAGCAGUGGCUAAAGGCCAAUAUGGAAAAUCUUCUAAAUUUGUGGCUCAAGUCGAGUGUGUUGCAUAGUCGCGAAUCGUCCCUUGAGCUCCUGCGCAUUGAAGCUGCUGUGAUUGCACUCAGCAGUUUUUUGUCCGUUUGCCAAAAAUUUGCAAUGAACUGCGAUAACGAUGUUAACGUUCUUACGAAUCACGUAUUGCAUGUGUAUUUGACGGCGACGCAAGGCAAACUGAGCAAACCUCUCAAGCGUCGCGGCCAAAUCGCUCGGUACCGUCUAAUGGGGUGGAUCAUCCACUGUUUUUGGAUGCUCCCACCGAUUUACAGUGAUUCAUACAUCCCACUUUUGGACAUGAUUGCCGAGUUUACCACAGCUCAGGCAUUGACAAAUCUCCGGCAUUCCUCACUGGUACCGGCGAAAUCCACUUACCUGCAAAGUGUUUUGUCUCCAGAGGACAAUACGCUUGACACUAUAACUCUCUCUCGGUUGGAACCAGGAGAUUGCCCGUCUCCGCUGUACUCAAGGGAGCUGAACCAUGUGCUUGGUUUGCAGCAACAGGAAAACGCUUUAACAGAUACCGAGCUUGAAGUACAAUAUCUGGACACGUUUUGGAGGUCACUUGCUGAGAAAGAUCCUGCAUAUGGUGCUACGAAAAAAGUAUCCUGUAGCCCAUUCACUUAUGUUCGGCUCGUCGACGCAAGUGUGGUUCUAUUUGGUCGACUUUUUCACUUCAUUCCGGAAGAUCUACAGCUGCGAUGUCUCCAGCACUAUGCAGGAGCCCUGGCCGAUGUUCGUGCCAAUUAUGAAGUCAACGUGUGCUCGUUGUUGUUUGCUGUGAUUGCCGAAGCGAGACAUCUCAAAAGAUCUGGUGGUGCACCAACUUCAUCUACGUCGCUUCCAGCAACAUCAUGGCCUCUUCAAAUGCAAACCAUGCUAUAUGAAAUGAUUUCAAGUAAGCACGUAGAAGUCCGUCGUGGUGCAGGCGAGUCAUUGGGAACGCUAGCAUUGCUUCUUGGGGAAUACCAUUGCAAGGGGCUAAUUAUUGAGCUAGAGAAACGACUGGUGGUGGAUAAACUCCCACAGGGGGCCUCAAGCGUUACAUUCGGCUCUAGUAUUGAGCUGGACGUAUCCGUCCUUUCAGCUGGAGCAGCUUUCUCGUUGGCCUGCAUUAAGCGCGUUUGUGGUUCUCGCAUUUCCAUUGACACAGGCCUCAUUUUUUGGUUUGCAGGUGAAUGUUCUCAACCUUUACGCACGUGGAUCUUACACUCAUGGGGCAUUAUCUUGGAGUCUGUUAGCUCUUCAGUAGGCGACUACGAGCAGUUUGUUGUAUCGACGCUGUCAUUGAUGGAAGCCCACGUAUUGGCAGGUUUUGUGUAUUCAAAGGUCAACAAACGCGGAUUAAGGUGGCAAUCUAGCACAAAAGUGGCACUGGGACGGAUUAUUAACGAUGUGGUUGCAACACUCGGUCCAGAGCUUGGCGGUUCAAGUGAUCGUGUAGAUCAUUUUUACUCUUUCUGGAUGCUUCUUCGCCAAGAUGGUGAUGCACGGGUAGAGUUGGAGUUUUUGCGAUUCCUACAGCAAGUGGUCGUAUUCGCGCCACAUCGCUUCCAAUCUGCAGAUAUGAGAUACAUUUUGCGCAUCGUAUCUGACACUGCUUUACUAAACACGGCCACACCGUUAUCGUCAGCGACACAACUGAGUACAGGGCACCCAGAUUCAUCGCCACCACCCCUGACUUCUGGAGCCUCAAGGGAGCCAUAUGAGGAAACUGGUCUCGUCAAUGUUGGUGCGUUUACAAAUGGGCUGAGUCGGAGUAUACUGCGAAAUGUCGGGUUAUCGUGCAUUCAGACACUCCUGGAAAGAGACCCAUCAUUAAUUCGCCGCCACAACCUUUUGUGUCUUCUCUUUUCAGCUCUUCAUGUUGAGUACAGCGCGCUUCUGUGGGGUUACUUACCUGGGCUGCAUGGCAUGUGGGACGUUCUCUCCUUUGUUUUUGUCAAUUACUCAGCCAUGCAACGAAACAGUAUUAGUAUGCUGCAGAGCACGACGCUGGCGCUACUCGAUGUUGAAAGCAGAGACCACAAAGGCGCUGAACCGUGCCUGUGGGCUCUGUUGUGUCGUAGUAUUGCCAUUGGCGAAUCUGCUGGUACCUUUAGUCGUGCUGGUGCAGGGCAGCUCAUGAUGAGCCCGAAAGGAAUGAACCAUGUGUUGCAAACUACAGCAAGUGUUGACGCGUCAGGAAAUUUGGACACAAUGUCGUGGUCACAAAAUCAAGUUUUGGAUAUACCCAAAACUGAUGCAAACUCCCUUGUGCUAGUGGCUGUUGCCGCCCAAGUGGACAUUUGGCGGACAACAAAGGCAAGCGUUGGCGACCUCGUUGCUUUAAUGCCACCGCUUGCACGUCAAGUACGGCAUUUUGCGGUGGAAUGCGUUUUACGUGUGUUUGAGCUGAUGGCAGCAAUCCCGCCUCUGACCAUCGGCGUCUGUCAGAAUAAGCAGCUACAUUUUGACCUCGUUGCAGCGCGCCGCUAUUUCUGCAAGAUGCUCUCUACUGGAGCAGAGUUGCCAGUAUCCGCCAAGCCCAACAUUGGAAAUUUCUUGUGUAUGUAUUUGGACGAGUUUGUAACCCUCGCUUGCCACGUCACUACGACUUCAGCAGAAGGAAACGAGCUGCUUAUGUUCCAAUGUGUGGGUCUUCGUCUGCUGAACGUCCUGGUGAAAAACUUUGCGUCUGCCCGUGAUCCCGAAGUAGCAGCAGGCGAUGCUUAUUUAUUAGACCCGUACCGUGCCCAGCUUUUGUCUGCUAUCCGCCAUGCUCUCAAACAAGUACAAGUGGAGCCGACCGUGUUGACCCGUACUAUGCCUGGUACGGAAAGUGACAAAGGUGACCAAAGCUACUUUUACGCGCCCCUACUUCUCGAAGCGCAUGAUCUCGCAGGUAUCUGCAUUUCAGCUCAUCUAAUACAAGAUAAUGUGGGUUUGGGGCGCAUUCUGAAAGCAGUUGUAGCUCAAGAUUAUGGUCACGCGCAUUUCAUUGGAGAUGAACUUACCCGCACUUCUCUUUCGCUCGCCAACUUGGCAUCUGUCGGAGAACUCGUGACGUCAAGUAUUACGGAAGCAAUUGCUUUAAAGGAUGCACGUGACGAUGAACGCACAGCAAUCGUAACAUCUCCACUUGUCAAAGCGAUGAAAAGCGGUUUGUCUGGAACCACGGAGUAUUUGUUCAAGUGCUGGAUGGACGCUACCAUUGGGUACGGCGUCGUAAUGCAAGGUUGUGCACAAUGGGCACAGUUGGAUGCAACUUUAAGUGCCGUGUUACUGACUGACGAAUCAAUCGUUAUGCCAGCUCUUCAAAUGCCGCUCCCAUCGACGGGUGCUGCUGCAAAUACUCCAGCAUCUGUUCUGUCAACCUCUAAAAAGAUCGGCGCGCUAUACAAGCGGUACUGGCCAAAGAUUGUCAAUGCAAUGGCAAUUUCGGAGGUCUUCAUGCCGCAGUCGAUUUCUGGGUGCAGCUCCCCGGAAGGCAACGUACCAAAAUGGUCGCCAGUGCUGUUGUCUUGCGCAAUCUGCCACGUCAACGCGAACGCUUGCGACCGAAUGGAGGACGAGGGGGAGCUACCUGCUGUUCUUCGUAGCAUUCCGUUGCUGCUGAAAGCUAUGGUGGAAAAUCCACCUACACAAGGUGGCUCUUCGUCCAGCAAUUUUCCAUUGCUUUUAACAGCUUCACUGGACACGCUCGUGCUUGCAAGUAAGCGAUGUUCUGGUCCUGCUCAAGUCGCUGCCUUAAGCGCGAUAUUCUCGUGCUUAUCGCGUGAAACUUUAGCUUUUGCUAGACAAAUUUGUCGCUCCCGAGAAGAUGGUGAGCAACUUUGUGCAACUCUUUUCGAUACCGUGGUGCAGGCCGGGUUGUGUCCAACAAAAGUUGUUUGUCAACUUAUCGAUGCAACGGAGCAGAAUCGACAUGCUCGUGCAGUAAGCAUCGGAAGUAGAACUGCUGGACCUCGUCGCAGCUCCGUUGCAAGUGAUGAAGAUGCCAAGUACAUGACUGAAAUCGUGCAGUUUGCUACGACUGGUAUCGUUCUUCUACACACGACCGAAGAAGCGCGAAGUGAAGUGGUGCGCUCGGUGGCUAUGGUGCAGCAGAUCAUUUGCUUCGUUGCUACUGGUUACUAUCUUUCCUCUGUGAAAGAAGCUGUGGUGACGCUUAGUCGUGCCUCCGCCGAGUCAGUGUUGGCGCUGGCACGCACGCUUGAAGAGAACGACGAUUCGUCUGAUGAUGUCUUGAACCGCGUCAACUCAAGUGUACGCAGUUUUUUCGAAUAUCUCUCCGGGUGGCUCAAAUCCGAUUGCCACGCCGCUCCAGGUUAUUGGAUGCAAAUUGUGGCAAAUUAUGCUGCAAGUUUUCCGGCCAGCCUCCAAGCUGAUGCAGAAUGCUUUCAUGCUGAGACUGCAGACACAAUCUCGGCAAUUUUCGAGCUAUUUUUUGGAGUUGUAGAUGAUGGUGAUCAAAAGCAGCAACAUGCAGCUACAUGUACAGAUCUUCUGCGAGGUUUGCACACAGUUGUGAAAAGGCUUAUCGAUGUGCACCAAACAGCCAUUUUGAAUCGAUAUCUCGUAGCGUUCGGUCCUUAUCUCGUUGAGAUUGUAGGAACAACCAAUGGAUACCCUGAGACAGCUGCAGAGCUUACUCAAUUGGAUGAGGCCGAGAAACUUCUUCGUGUAUUGACGACGCAGUUAGAUGACCAGCAUGGCUCCACAUUUGUACACAUGCUCCUUCCGAGGAUUGCGGCAGUACUCAGCCAACCAACACCGUCCACCACUGACAAUAUGGUAUUGAAACAAGUGCCCGGUAUCCUAGCGCGGCUACUUUUAUGCUUCGCGCAGACCCACGCUAGUGCGUUUAAAAAAGCUGUGGCAGCCAUGACCCCUUCGCUACGUGGUGUGCUGGAGUCUACGCUACGGCUUGCUCUUACAGACUCCGUUAAAGGUGCAGGAAUACGCCCGUCGUCGUCACUUCCGCAGGGUAGUGGCCCUAACACUACGAAGCUUGAUUUAAGUCGGUACGCUUAA